UGAGAUGCGUGUGCUGGAGGCAGAGAGCCCUACGCCCUGGGGAAUUAAAAGUCUGCCCUCCUCACAGAAAGGUUGAAACACUGAUUUGGAUGUUUGUUGUGGGAGGACAACAGGCCGUGUGAGAGCUGCCAUGUACAGUCAUGCAGGUCGUGCCAAGGGGGCACACGGAGGUGCAACUCGGCCCCUGUGUCGCUCACUAGCCAGUAGCUGACCAACGCCUGCCUCAGUCUCUAGGAAGGGCAUCUGCUUCACGCUCCCAGCCACAGGACGAAGUCUUCAGGCUGGCCACCUCCUUCAGGAACCUGGGCCUUGAACCAGGUGCCACCCUAUGGAUGGGAGAUGAUGGCAAACCGAGACGGGCGAGACUGCUUCAUCAACCACAUGACACAGGCAAUCCCAUUUGACGACCCUCGCUUAGAGAGCUGCCAAAUCAUCCCUCCGGCUCCCCGGAAGGUGGAGAUGAGGAGGGACCCUGUGCUGGGAUUUGGUUUCGUGGCAGGGAGUGAAAAGCCAGUGGUCGUUCGCUCAGUAACUCCAGGUGGCCCCUCGGAAGGAAAGCUGAUCCCGGGAGAUCAGAUUGUGAUGAUUAAUGAUGAGCCAGUCAGUGCUGCGCCGAGGGAGCGGGUCAUCGACCUGGUCAGAAGCUGCAAAGAAUCGAUCCUGCUCACUGUCAUUCAGCCUUACCCUUCUCCCAAAUCAGCAUUUAUUAGUGCUGCAAAGAAGGCGAGAUUGAAGUCCAACCCAGUCAAAGUGCGCUUCUCCGAGGAGGUCAUCAUCAAUGGCCAAGUGUCGGAAACAGUUAAGGACAAUUCACUUCUUUUUAUGCCAAAUGUUUUGAAAGUCUAUCUGGAAAACGGGCAGACCAAAUCAUUCCGUUUUGACUGCAGCACCUCCAUAAAGGAUGUCAUCUUAACCCUUCAAGAGAAACUCUCCAUCAAGGGCAUCGAACACUUCUCCCUCAUGCUGGAGCAGAGGACGGAAGGGGCCGGGACCAAGCUGCUUUUGCUUCAUGAACAGGAGACCCUAACUCAGGUGACACAGAGGCCCAGCUCCCACAAGAUGAGGUGUCUUUUCCGAAUAAGCUUUGUCCCAAAGGACCCGAUUGACCUUUUAAGGAGAGACCCAGUUGCUUUCGAGUAUCUCUAUGUUCAGAGCUGCAACGACGUCGUUCAGGAGCGAUUUGGGCCGGAGCUGAAAUAUGACAUUGCCCUGCGGCUGGCAGCGUUACAAAUGUACAUUGCCACCGUUACCACCAAGCAGACGCAGAAAAUUUCCCUCAAAUACAUCGAAAAAGAAUGGGGAUUGGAGACUUUUCUUCCUUCUGCUGUGCUGCAAAGCAUGAAAGAGAAGAACAUAAAGAAAGCACUUUCACACCUUGUCAAAGCAAAUCAAAACUUGGUACCACCGGGUAAAAAGCUCUCUGCACUGCAAGCCAAGGUCCAUUACCUCAAGUUCCUCAGUGACCUUCGACUGUACGGGGGCCGCGUGUUCAAGGCAACGUUAGUGCAGGCAGAGAAGCGCUCAGAAGUGACUCUCCUGGUUGGGCCCCGGUAUGGCAUAAGCCAUGUCAUCAACACCAAAACCAAUCUGGUGGCUCUUUUAGCUGACUUCAGCCAUGUCAACAGGAUCGAAAUGUUCACCGAAGACGAGAGCUUGGUGAGGGUGGAGCUCCAUGUGCUGGAUGUGAAGCCCAUCACGCUCCUGAUGGAAUCGUCGGAUGCCAUGAACCUGGCCUGCCUGACAGCUGGAUAUUACCGGCUACUUGUAGAUUCCAGGAGGUCGAUAUUUAACAUGGCCAACAAGAAAAACAAUGCAGGGACCCAGGAAGCAGGAACUGAGAACAAAGGAAAGCAUAACCUCCUUGGCCCAGAUUGGAACUGUAUACCCCAAAUGACCACCUUUAUUGGCGAAGGGGAACAAGAAGCCCAGAUAACAUAUAUAGAUGCAAAACAGAAGACAGUUGACAUUGCAGAGGGCACCUUGUGUCCCAAAGACCAUCGGCAUCUGUACAUAGACAAUUCGUAUAAUUCCGAUGAGCUUAACCCGCAGCUGGCCCAGCCAGGUGAUGCCCCAUGCGAGGCAGACUACAGAAGUCUAGCGCAGCGGUCUCUGUUGACCCUCUCCGGACCAGAAACUCUAAAGAAACCACAGGAAUCUCCUAGAGGAGCUAAAGUGUCCUUUAUUUUUGGAGAUCUCGCCUUGGAUGAUGGCAUGAGCCCCCCGACUCUCGGCUAUGAAAGACUGUUGGAUGAGAGUCCAGAGAUGCUGGAGAAGCAGAGGAACCUCUACAUCAGCAGUGCCAACGACAUGAAGAACCUAGACCUCACUCCAGAUGCAGAGGGCAUCCAGUUUGUGGCAAAUUCCGUUUAUGCAAACAUAGGCGACGUGAAGAACUUCGGGGCCACCGAAGGGAUUGAGGAGCCCCUCCUGCAUGACAUCUGUUACGCAGAAAACACCGACGAUGCAGAGGACGAGGACGAGGUGAGCUGUGAGGAGGACCUCGUGGUGGGAGAGAUAGACCAGCCACCCAUCCUCAACCUGGCUGGGUCCAGCGAUGACAUCAUUGACCUCACGUCCCUGCCCCCUCCGGAAGGCGAUGACAAUGAAGAUGACUUCCUGUUACGUUCCUUGAACAUGGCUAUCGCUGCGCCCCCACCCGGCUUUAGAGACAGUUCAGAUGAGGAGGACUCUCAGAGCCAAGCAGCUUCCUUCUGCGAGGACAAGGAGCAAGGCAGCAACCUGCAAAACGACGAGAUCCCCGUGUCCCUCAUUGACGCUGUGCCCACCAGCGCCGAAGGGAAGUGUGAGAAGGGGCUAGACAACGCUGUCGUCUCCACACUGGAAGCUCUAGAAGCUCUGUCCGUGUCAGAAGAACAGCAGACCAGUGACAAUUCAGGUGUAGCCAUCUUGCGGGCUUAUAGUCCUGAGUCUUCGUCAGACUCAGGCAAUGAAACUAACUCUUCUGAAAUGACGGAGAGUUCUGAACUGGCCACAGCACAGAAGCAGUCAGAAAACCUCUCCCGCAUGUUCUUGGCCACUCAUGAAGGCUACCACCCCCUUGCCGAAGAGCAGACAGAGUUUCCUGCCUCCAAACCCCCCGCUGGGGGCUUGCCUCCAAAGUCCUCUCACGCCCUGGCAGCUCGCCCAGCGACUGACCUCCCGCCCAAAGUCGUGCCUUCCAAGCAGAUCCUUCACUCAGACCACAUGGAGAUGGAGCCCGAAACCAUGGAGACCAAGUCGGUCACAGACUAUUUUAGCAAACUGCACAUGGGGUCGGUGGCAUAUUCCUGCACCAGCAAAAGGAAAAGCAAGCUGGCCAACGGAGAGGGGAAAACACCCCCUAAUGGGAAUAUGCCAGGGAAAAAGCAGCAGGGGACCAAACCAGCCGAGGUGGAGGAGGACGCCAAAGGUACGUUUGGUACUGUGUCUUCAAGGGAUAGUCAACACCUUAGCACUUUUAACCUGGAGAGAACUGCCUUUCGCAAAGACAGCCAAAGAUGGUAUGUGGCCACUGAGGGUGGGGUGGCUGAAAAAAGCGGGCUGGAAGCAGCAACAGGAAAAACCUUUGCAAGAGCUUCUGGUCUCGGGCCAAGGGAGGUCGAAGGGAAGGAUGAAGGGGCUCCAGAUGGAGGAGCCAGUGAUGGUUCUGGACUUGGCCAAGGGGACCGCUUCCUAACUGACGUGACCUGUGUAUCCUCAGCCAAAGACGUGAAUAACCCAGAGGAUGCUGACUCAUCCACCCACGACCAUCCUCCCAAGCUUCCGGAGGCGGAAGAGAGUGUGGCCCGGCUUUGUGAGUACCACUUGGCCAAGCGGAUGUCAUCUCUGCAGAGCGAGGGCCACUUUUCUCUACAGAGCUCUCAAGGCUCUUCGGUGGAUGCCGGCUGUGGCACGGGCAGCAGUGGCAGCACCUGUGCCACGCCUGUGGAGUCCCCGCUCUGCGCCUCCAUUGGGAAGCACCUGAUUCCCGACGCUUCGGGGAAAGGCAUGAGUUAUAUCACUUCAGAGGAGAGAGCCGCUGGGCUCCCCAACCACGGAGCCACCUUCAAGGAAAUGCACCCUCAGACAGAGGGGAUGUGUCCGCGGAUGACAGUGCCUGCGCUGCACACAGCCAUUAAUGCCGAACCCCUGUUUGGCACUUUGAGAGACGGAUGUCAUCGGCUCCCCAAGAUUAAGGAAACCACAGGUACAGCAAUGAUGGAUGUAGCUCUUUGCACUGCACGCCAGGGGCGUGUAAACGAAAUUCACAGCAAACGUAAAAAUACAAAGUCUGAAAGAAAAGAAAAGGUAGAAUAAGCAUAAAAAGGGCUGCAAAACUGUGGUUCAGCUAAAUAUCGAGCACUGAUCCCCCAGUGUUUUAUAAAUACUGAAGUUUCUAGAUCUGGAAUGAUGGUGAAAAUGGCAUUUGCUCUUUAUAAUCUUGUUCUGUGUUUGCUUUUAGAUCUUGAUGGAGCAACAGUUUCUUUCUAAAUUCCAAAUGUUGACUUUGAGCGGUACCCAGUAUGACUUUUAGCUAAAAGAUAGUAUUGCUUAGGGUCACAAAAGAGUUCGAUUUCCCUCUCAAGGCAUCUAAUUUCUAAUUUUGCCAUUUCGCUAUUGAGAGGUAGGGAAAGAUAACAGAGCAGGUUUGGGGGAGAUGGGAGAGAUUUGGGGAGAUCAUGUGACUCCCUCUCCUGCCUGUCAUCAGUCCUUCCGGAUUCCUCCCUACUCUGCUGUUUUCUAAGACUCUCUUAGAGGAAUAUUCUAAUGUAUCUGGCAUACCCCAGUGUCAGAAAGGUUUUCGGGGGAUGUGUGAUGAACUGUUUCAUUUCCCCCAAAAUAAUAAAAUCCAGACACAGGUAUAAACAAGAACAGCUCCACCCUCUGUGCCUGCCUUCACCAAUCUCCUACCCAGUGGGCAUAUAUCCCUUUCACCCAUGCCCUUGGCCAGCCUUCACUUGGCAAAGACAGCUGCUCUUUCAUGCUUUUAUAUUUCAGAUUAUAUCAUCAAUAGUUUUCUUCCCUCUAUGGGUCAGUAAAUGUUAGGGGUAUCUUAUAUUGGUCAACUUCCACUCCUGACCUUUCAAGAUUAUCUACUUUCUGAAAACCCACCACUGGCUCUGCCAGGUAGAGACACCUGCCUUGGGGAAGCUUGCCUUUGAAUGUUACCUAACUCACUGCCCAACGAGCGUCUUUACCUCUAACCUAAUUAAAUCACACUGUUCAAUCCUUAGUGGUUUAGAGAGAGCUUUCAUCGAAGUUACCUCUUGCUUCUCACAAAAGUUCUGUGAGAUGGAGAUUUUCUUCAUAUGACCACUUCUCUGAGAAAAGUUGAGUACUUGCCUGGUGUCUUCACUUCAAACCCUGGACCAGGACAGCUUCAAGGGACUCUCCUUGCAUUAAUUAAACUAGGCCACUUCUUUAAAGACGGUAACCAAUGCCAAGAUUAACCUAGCUCCCUUGAGGGGAAACUUAAAUAUCUUAAAUAUGUUGAAACAGGAAACCCUGGUGGAGUAGUGGUUAAGAGCUACGUCUGCUAACCAAAAGGUUGGCAGUUCAAAUCCACCAGGCACUCCUUGGAAACCACAAGGGGCAAUUCUACUCUGUCCUAUAGGUCGCUAUGAGUCGGAAUCCACUCAACAGCAAUGGGUUUGGUUUGGUUUUGGUUUUUAUGUUGAAAUAAUCUACGUGUGGGAUGUGUGUUUUCUAAUAGUGUGCUGUGCUUUGAUAUAUAAAUAUGGGGAUGAAGACAAUUCAUGAAAUUCGAUUGCCCCCUUGAAAAACCUGUUGCCAUCAAGUCGAUUCCGGCUCAUAGAGACCCUACAGGACAG